CCUGGGCUCGGCAGCAGCAACCCCUUGCUUCAGGUUAAGGGAAGAGCAAGGUGACUAUUGCAGAUCUGAAGGGGACUUUGUUUGGGACAUCUGAGAAAGAGGAAGGGUCCAGGAUUUACUUUCGGGCUUGGAUUGCCGAAUCAAGAUAGCAGGCACAGCCUGCCAAGACGAUGACAGUCACUUAUUCCAGCAAAGUAGCAAAUGCCACUUUCUUUGGAUUUCACAGAUUACUCCUAAGGUGGAAAGGCAGCAUCUACAAAUUGCUGUACAGAGAAUUUAUUGUUUUUGCUACUCUUUACACAGCGAUAAGUGUAUUAUACAGAUUUUUUCUUACAGGUAGCCAAAAACGGUUCUUUGAAAAAUUAUCAAUUUACUGUGACAGAUAUGCUGAACAAAUCCCAGUAACUUUUGUGCUUGGUUUCUACGUUACUUUGGUGGUGAAUCGCUGGUGGAACCAGUUUGUGAACUUGCCAUGGCCAGAUCGUCUGAUGUUCCUCAUCUCUAGCUGUGUCCAGGGCAGAGAUGAGUAUGGACGCUUGUUAAGGAGGACUCUCAUGCGUUAUGUGAAUUUAACAUCUCUGCUGAUCUUUCGCUCUGUGAGCACAGCCGUUUACAAAAGGUUCCCCACCAUGGACCAUGUGGUAGGAGCAGGUUUUAUGACAAGAUAUGAAAGAAAACUUUUUGAUGAACUUAAGUCUCCCCACUUGAAAUACUGGGUCCCAUUUGUCUGGUUUGGAAAUUUGGCAUCAAAGGCACGAAAAGAGGGAAGAAUUCGUGACAGCGUAGAUCUGCAGACACUGAUGAAUGAGAUGAAUAAAUACCGGUCUUGGUGCAGUCUUUUGUUUGGAUAUGACUGGGUUGGAAUUCCAUUGGUCUAUACCCAGGUUGUUACUCUCGCAGUCUAUACUUUUUUCUUUGCCUGCCUGAUAGGACGCCAAUUUUUGGAUACUGACCAAGGGUAUCAGGGCCAUGACUUAGAUAUUUACAUUCCAAUCUUCACACUGUUACAGUUCUUCUUCUACGCAGGAUGGCUCAAGGUUGCUGAACAGCUUAUUAAUCCAUUUGGAGAAGAUGAUGAUGAUUUUGAAACUAAUUGGUGCAUCGAUAGAAAUUUACAGGUCUCACUUCUGGCGGUGGAUGAGAUGCACAUGAACUUGCCAAGGAUUGAGAAAGAUAUUUACUGGAAUGAUUCCUCUGCCCGACCUCCCUACACAAAAGCAGCUGCUGAUUACUGUAUUCCUUCAUUUCUUGGAUCAACUAUUGAAAUGGGGCUGGCUGAUACCGAUUUCCUCUAUGGGGAAGAGUGGCCCUGGGAAGAGGAGAAACACCGAAGGCAAUAUUCAGUGUUGAGAAGAGUGAAGAGAUUUCUCAGUGUCCACGAGGGUCCUGCAUACCCCACUCACCAGCGCUACAGUCGACAGACAAGUGAGAAUUCGGUGUUUUUCCCAGCAGAUGAAAAGGGGCACAUCAGACGCCUGCAGGAAAUGCACACAAGAGGGAGACACUCUGCCUCCAGUUUCAAGAAGAAACACGAAGGAGUUGACAGAAGUAACAGACUUCACAGUAGCCGAGAUCUAGGACCCAUAACUGAAACCUCCAGGAACGAGGCACAGUUCGGCGACAGUGACACCUCAACUGAGACAAACAAGCCAGUUCCUGAGGUCAUCAUCUCUGAAGCCGAGGAAAAUGCACUUGGCACAGUGGACAAACCAGGUCUGCCAACAGAGCGCUCCGCAAGCAUGCCAGAAGAGAAGCUCCAAAGGAUCCUAGCUGAGGCAAAUGUGGCUCUUCUGAACCAACCUUUUUUCCCCCCAGAAAUGACUACAUACAUCUCAAGCUCGGAGGUGCAUCAGUCACUUCCUAGUGUGAUAGGAGAGACCAAACAUGAGCCCCACGGUAGUAACAUUGCUGGUCUCAUAACAGAUGAUGAGAGAAACCUUCAGCGAUGGAGUUUACCAAGUUUCCAUAGUCCUAAUACAGGACCUAGUACAGCUGACAGUGAGCCACCUUUAGCAGAUUCCAGGACAACUUCACAACAAAAGAUCUUCAGUGAUGGAAACAAUAUUACUUCUGCUGCUGCACCAGAGACGUUUGAGAUGCAGCACUUAUGGGAAAAUAUGGACAGUAGAGAAACAGCCAUAGUAGAAUUUUCUAAUGAGGAAAGUGAAAGAAAACUUUGACCAUGCUUCCUCUGGAUUUGACUGAACUUCUUGUCUUCUCUUGAACAUGGUUCUCAUACAGAAUUGCUGAAAGUGCAGAAGGGUAGACUUGAUGCUCAGACAAGUCCUGAGCAGGAUCCAGCAGAAGAUUUGGGACCUAAAUAAGAGGCAUU